AUGGGUCAGCCCUGUACAUGUGUGCCAAAGAAAGGAGGGAUCACAGUCAUCAAGAAUGAACAUGAUGAGCUCAUUCCAACAAGGACAAUCACAGGACACAGAAUGUGUGUUGAUUACAGAAAGCUGAACUCCUCCACGCGCAAGGACCACUACCCCUUGCCAUUCAUAGACCAGAUGCUUGAGCGCCUUGCCAAUCAUCAAUACUACUGUUUCUUGGAUGGAUACUCAGGAUUUUUCCAAAUUCCAAUCCACCCAGAUGAUCAGGAGAAGACUACAUUCACUUGUCCCUAUGGCACAUAUGCUUAUAGGAGAAUGCCUUUUGGAUUGUGCAAUGCUCCAGCUACAUUCCAAAGGUGUAUGAUGUCCAUAUUCACAGAUCUAAUAGAAGAGAUUAUGGAGGUUUUCAUGGAUGAUUUCUCAGUAUAUGGUUCUUCCUUUGAAUCAUGUUUGGCAAAUCUUGGAAGAGUGCUACAGAGAUGUGAAGACAAGCACCUAGUUCUAAAUUGGGAGAAGUGCCAUUUAUGGUUAGAGAUGGAAUAG